GCUUCCCUGCGCUUCCCUGCCCCGGGCGGCCCGCGGUGGGCAGCGGGGCUGGGGCAGCCGGCAGGGCGCGGCCGCCCGGGCUGCGUGUGCUGGGCCGGGCUGGGGCUGCGCUCCCCCGGGCCUCGCUCUCAGGCUCCUGUCUGUAAAUGGCCGAUAGCGGGGAUGGCGGUGUGUGUGUCUGUGUGUCUGUCUGUGAGUCUGUCCGUCCGGAGUCCCCUCGCUGUGGUGCCGGAGCCCGCUGCCCUCAGGUGCGCCGAGGUGUGAUGGUGGUGGCACUACGGGCGGGCCGAGCUUGGCAACCCCUCAUGGUUUAAAGGAAAAGAAGGAAUACUUUGGAAAUCAAACACUGUUUAUUUGUUGUGUGGGAGAUGGGAGGGUUUCAUGGCGUUUCCUUGGGCGAGUGAAGCUUCUAGUACCAGGCACGGUCAGCAAAGAGGUUUUACUCGGGUUAGGAGUGGGGUGAGGUCUGCAGGGAGCGAUGCUUGUGCACCAUCAGAAACCAUUUGGGUUGAUGAACCGAUCCAGUAGGAGAAGGGAGCUUACAGGAAAGAUGGAGCAAGACUAUUUCCAAGAGAGUGUCAUGAUAGCACAAUGGGGAGCAAGUUCAAAUUGCAAGGGAAUACAUUUAGAUUAGAUGUUAGGAAAAAUAUCUUCACUGUGGUUGGUGAGGUACUGGAGCAGGUUGCCCAGAGAGCUGAGGAUGCCCCUUCCUUGGAGUGGUUCAAGGCCGGGUUGAUGGGGCUCUGAGCAACCUCGUCUAGGACAAGGUGUCCCUGCCCAUGGCAGGGGUUGGAACAAAAUUGUAUUUAUGGUCCCCUCCAACUCAGAUCAUUCUAUGAUUCCAUGUUGGAGGAUGUGAAAGCAAACACAGGGUAAAGGAAACGUUUGGAAACAAUCAUCCUGCUUAGUGUUGAUAGAAGGGAUAAUACUGUCCAGAUAUAGGAAAUAAAUGUGACAGAAUUAUGCAGGAUGUGAAUGAUGUGAUGGACCAUAAAGUAGCAGGAAGAGACUGUGUGCAUAAAGAAAAAGAGUCAAGUGUAUCAUUGCUUUGAGACAAGAGUUAUAAGAGCUUUUGAUGGUGUCUGCUAUACUCCACAAGAGUUGGAUUGGCAUAAGAAUAUCACUUACUGAGAGAGACUGUCAUGAAUUGUGUCACAGGUGGAUUUCUUUCUUAGACUGUAGAAUCACAGAAUAAUUUGGGUUGGAAGGGACCUUAAAGAUCAUCUGGUUCCAACCCCCCUGCCAUGGGCAGGAAUGCCAUUCACUACACCAGGUUGCCCCUGGCAUCAUCCAGUGGCCUUGAACACUGCCAGGGAUGAGGCAUCCACAACUUUUCUCAACUAACUGUUUAUGCUCUUUCCACCAUCUGAGUAAAGAAUUUCUUCCUGGGAUCUGAUCUGAUUCUGUCCUCUUGUUGUUUAAAUCCAUUCCCCCUUGUCCAAUCAAUAUCUGCCUGUGUAAAAACUCUCCCUCUUUAUUAUAAACCCCCUUUAAGUAGUGAAAGGCCACAGUGAGGUCUCCCUGGAGCCUCUUCUCCAGGCUGAACAACCAAGGGAUACAGAUGAUGGCAUCACUUAGACAUACAGCAACCCAGAGGAUCUUACAUAUAGCUGCUGUCAGCUUGCCAAAUAAGCACUGAAUUGCCUCAGACUUGCACUCAGGAUAUGCAUUCUGCAUGUGAACCUCUGGAAACUUCAGUGGGGUCAUGCUGAAGGUCCAUCCCUGGAGCCAACAGGUGGAGCUGGAUGUCAUGCCAAAAGAGAGGUGGUGUCUGACAAGAUGCUUUUGGCUGAAGUUCUGUCUCUGGAGGUGGAACCAAUAAAGAGUUUCUUGAAUCUAGCCUCUAAACUGUGUGCUGACGUUCUUGUGUUGUGAGUAAAUACACAGUGGAACUUGCAUUAGGAGCAAAGAAUUCACAGUCUGGUGUCAUGAUGCAAGAAAGGAAGAAGAUUAUACUUCAGUUGGAGUUAGAAAAACAACCACUCACUGUUUGUCAAGAUCUGCAACUUCUUGGUAGUGGAAAAUGCUACAUCAGUGGAAGGAAGAACAAGCUGAGUUCUGUCAAUUUAUUGUCACCACUGGGUGUAGUACUGGCAUUUCACUGUACAUGAAGAAGGAAGAUAAUUUUGAAAAUAGUCUUCCUAGAAAGGAAUGUGACCCGUUCAAUAGGAGUACAUGUUGGCAAUAUUGCUGACCUGAUCUCUCCUGCUAAGUUGCUUGGACAAGUUAGCAUCAUGUAAUGACUACUCUGGUUGGAAACUGCUGAGAAAUCAGGAAUAUCAGUGAAGGGUGACACAAGCAGAAAUCCAUAUGGAGGAUGAACCUCCUCCUCAAGGAGUCAGUGCCAAGGCCUUGGAGGCAACACUGUUGUCAGCCCUGAAGAUGCUGGAUGUUGGGAAAUGGCCAAUUUUUUCUCUCUGUUCCUCAGAAGAGAUCAAGUUAAUUCGUCAAGCCUGUGUCUUUGGCAGUGCUGGUAAUGAAGUGUUGUAUACAACUGAAAAUGAUGAGGUUUUUGUGCUUGGCAUGAACUGCAGUGGCUGUUUGGGAACAGGAGACAUGCAGAGCACUAUAGAGCCAAGGAGGUUAGAUUCCCUAUGUGGCAAAAAGAUAGCCUGCCUGAGUUAUGGAAGUGGCCCUCACGUUGUUCUUGCUACAGAAGAAGGAGAAGUGUACACGUGGGGUCAUAAUGCUUAUAGUCAGCUGGGCAAUGGUACAACAAAUCAUGGUUUUGUUCCAUGUCAAGUCUCUACUAACUUGGUGAACAAGAAAGUCAUUGAGGUUGCCUGUGGCUCUCACCAUUCUAUGGUGUUAACCUCCGAUGGAGAGGUAUACACAUGGGGUUAUAAUAACUCGGGCCAGGUUGGAUCUGGCUCAACAGCAAAUCAACCAAUUCCUCGAAGAGUUACCAGCUGCCUACAAAAUAAAAUAGUGGUGAAUAUAGCUUGUGGACAGAUGUGCUCUAUGGCUGUGGUGGAAAAUGGAGAGGUCUAUGUCUGGGGGUACAAUGGGAAUGGCCAGCUGGGGCUGGGCAGCAGCGGCAACCAGCCCACACCGUGCCGGAUCGCAGCCCUGCAGGGCAUUCGUGUGCAGCGGGUUGCCUGUGGCUAUGCACAUACAUUAGUGCUAACAGAUGAAGGUCAGAUAUAUGCCUGGGGAGCCAAUUCAUAUGGCCAGUUAGGUACUGGGAAUAAAAGUAACCAGUCUUACCCUACAACAGUUAUUGUGGAUAAGGACAGAGUUAUUGAGAUCGCCGCCUGCCACUCUGCGCACACGUCGGCGGCCAAGACGCAGAGCGGCCAGGUGUACAUGUGGGGGCAGUGCCGGGGCCAGUCCGUCACCUUCCCCCACCUCACCCACUUUGCCUGCACCGACGAUGUGUUCGCCUGCUUCGCCACCCCUGCUGUCAUGUGGCGCCUGCUCUCCGUAGAGCCUGAUGACCAUCUAACAGUAGCCCAGUCACUAAAGAAGGAAUUUGACAACCCUGAAACUGCAGACCUGAAGUUCCUAGUGGAUGGAAAAUACAUUCAUGUUCAUAAAGUUCUUCUCAAAAUUAGGUGUGAACAUUUUCGCUCCAUACUCAAUAAUGAUGAUGAAAUUAUAGAAAUGAGUGAAUUUUCUUAUCCUGUUUACCGAGCCUUCCUGGAAUAUCUGUAUACAGACAACAUUAGGCUCCCUCCUGAAGAUGCAAUAGGGCUGCUAGAUUUGGCAACACUGUACAGAGAAAACAGACUGAAAAAGCUUUGCCAGCAAACGAUCAAACAAGGCAUUUGUGAAGAGAAUGCCAUUGCUCUUCUUUCUGCUGCUGUCAAGUACGAAGCUCAGGACUUGGAAGAAUUUUGCUUCAGGUUUUGCAUAAACCAUUUGACUGUUGUUACACAAACUCAAGGCUUUGCAGACAUGGACCAUGACCUCCUGAAAAACUUCAUUAGCAAAGCCAGCAGAGUGGGAGCAUUCCGAAAUUGAGGUCUAACUACCAAGCUGAAGAGCACAUCAUCUUCCCUUCUGGAAAUACUUUUCCUUUGGAGAACUUCGUGGUCAGAAUAUGCAAUGGUUUGGGAGGAAAGUCUGCGUCCAUCAACUUAGGGAGUGUGUAGAAGUCCACUGACAUGUAGGCUUUGUUGUAAGGAUGGCUGCAGUGUAGCUGUGUGGUGACUGUUCAUUGCCAACAGCCACAAUUUAACACAAAAAAUCUGAUGCAGUAACUACCCUUUCCCACUCAAAGUCAAGCAAACUAAGCUUCUCAUUAUCUAGUCUGUCUAAUUUUAAUUUUUUUUUAAACAGUCUUUGUUUGGAUUUUAUGGGACAGUGACCUGUUUGCUGCCAAAACUUUCGUAGUGUACUUUUGUCUCAAAACUCAGUUAAUAUGCCAUAGUGGGCUUCUUUUUAUAAUCCAGUGAAGAUACAAACUUGUUUUAUAUGGUAAAAUAACAUAAGUUCUUUAGGAUGAGAGGCUUCCUGAUUUGUAGGAGAGUAUGUCUCACUUGGUGUUUAUUUAUGAGGAGCUUCAGCAGGAUAUUACAGUUCUCAGUUCCUAGCACAUCUCAUUAUUCAGCCUGAAUGAAAAGGAUCUCUCUUUCCAUUACACCAGGCAUGGUCCCUGGCACCCCAAUGGAAGCACCCACCAAGUAUGUCUGGAUGUGAAUUGUCACACUGUGAGCUUUACUGCUAAGAAAACCACCUAGUUACAAACCCAAAUAAGAUGUCAAGAAAAGGAAGUUCCUCUUUAGGCUUUUUUAUUCCUGUGUUACUUUCUCUCCUCAGACAGAUCAACUUCAGAAAAACUGAGAAAAAGGUGAUUUUGAAGUAGUAACUUCAAAUUCAUUAAAUUGUAAGAGUGAACUGACACUAUAUUCCUGAUGGUGAUAAAGGUAUCUUGUCCAAUUAUGGCAUUUCAGAUUCUCCUGUGGUCAGAGCUGCAAGGUGACCACACUACUUUCCUUUCAGGGCUGUUCAGGAGAGAGGAGCUGCCCUCUGGACACCUCUCUCCCAGCAUGAUCAUCAGUGGCUAAAGUAGAGUAGAUGCCUCAUUUCUAGCUGGCUGAAGUGAGCUAAGGUGAAAAGCCCACCCAGUGCUGCACAGAGGGAGGUUUGCCCUGUUACAGAAGAUGUGGAGCUCAUGGUGCAUUUACUUGAAUUUUCUAACAGGUAACUGAAUUAACCCUGAGAAAUUAAGAUUUUGAGUGAAGUGACUUCAAGUGCCUUUUGCAGUAUUUUAUGAUUAGGGAAGACAAAAAGCUGGAUUACCAGGCUCAGUACACUAAUGUAAGUAGUCAUGCAACCUUCCUGCAGAUCCCUGCUGUGCCACAGCAUCCUUCAAUGACUUUUUCUAGUCCUCACAUGUGGUUUCUAAGAACUUAAUUCCCUUAAAUUAACAUAUUCUCAUGCCUAAGGUGGAAAUAGCUGUUGGAGGCUCAUUUCUCAAACAAUCCUGUUCCUUGAGGAAGAGUAGGAGGGAGAAGAUCAGCACAUAUUCAGAAAGGAGUAUGAGUAGUACCCCCUUCACCUCAGACCCUGUGGGUGUGUAGUGAAAGGUGAAGUAUGCAGGUAGCAGAAUUUACUUAGGAAGAGGGUGAUGAGCAAGUAUUUUAGAAAAUGCUGUGGUAAAUAUUUAUUUGUGUUUGAGACAUUUGCCUCAGACUCUCACUAGAAAUAUAUUGGGUCUUCUACUCCUAACAAGCACAUUCUGCCACCCCCUCAGUGAUGAGUACGACUUCCUCCAUCAGCGUUAAGUCCAUUCUUAGCAGCUGUGUCAGUAUUUUGUAUUCAAACAGAAGUGGUCAAAACCUUUCCAAUACAUAAUGCAGAUUCAUCAAAAACACAACUUUGCUGGGGGAGGAGAUCAGUUUAGUUAAAUUUGUGUUGAGAAUACACAUUAAAGCCUACUUGCAAUUUCAGAAUAAUUGAUAAAGCCUGUAAUUUUGAGAAAAAGCAGCUCUGAACUGAAUGAGGGUGAUUCUAAAGGUCUGAUGUGUCAACAUUGGCUUUUAUUCUGUAUCAUCUGACCUGGAUGUGAUAGUGUUACAUUCAUAGAAACAUUUAUUUAUUUAAUUUUUUUAUUUUUUGUUGCAUGUGUUCAAAAAAAAAAAACACUCUUACUGGCUUGUGUGGUUAAAUGUGGGUGCAGGGAUGUAAAUAUGCUCAAAACCCAACCAUGGGAAAUUUCAGAAGAAUUAAGGGAUGCAUUUUACUGUUGUGAGAUAGUCUGCAACAACCUUGUGUUUGUGGAUCUUGCAGGUUAAAUACUUAAUAAAAUAUUAUUCUGUUUUAGGAUACCAGAGAGAAAAUGUAUUUAUUAAAAAGCAAAAGUCUGGUCAAGCAGAAACUGUGUCUGGGGUUUAAAUAAAGAGCAAUGUUCACUUUCCAGAAAGGAGUCUGGAAAGAAAAAGAAAUUACAUGGGUAGGGUCAUUUGAAGGUUCUCCUAAGUUACUGAAGCUAAAAGCCACCACUGCAUUGUCAUCUAGUACCCAGCUGUAGAGUUUUGUUACAAUGCUUGGUAACUAUGUAAACUGCUGGGUUUUUAUAUGACCUGAACACUUUCCAUGGGCUUUCCUUGUAAAACAAAGCAUUUAUUUGCCCCAAUAGAGGCAGGAUUCAUUGGCCACCACCCCAAUGAUGUAGAAAGUUUACAGCCUGAACAUAAAUGAUUUUUUUGUUUCUAUACAAACUUACCAUUAAUAAAAAUGCCAUAAUAUUUAAAACAGUUUGAGUGGGAUUUUUUCCUUUCUUUUCAGCAAAAAUGAAGAAAGCAUAAUGCUUGUAGACUGAACUGAC